GGACCCGUCUGCAACCGCAGCUUCGACCUGUACGCGUGCUGGGGGGACGCUGUCCCCAACAGCACCGCCACUGUCCCCUGCCCCUGGUACCUGCCCUGGUACCACCGAGUGCAGCACGGGGUGGUGGCGCGGCGCUGCGGCCCCGACGGGCGCUGGGUGACAGAUGACAGCGGCAGGACCUGGCAGGACAACUCCCAGUGCGAGGACCUGGCGCAGGUGCAGCCGCUGCAGCGCCAGGCGUGGCUCCUGGAGCAGUUCCGCCUCCUCUACACCGUGGGAUAUUCCCUGUCCCUUGUCGCGCUGGUGGUGGCGCUGCUGCUGCUGCUGCUGCUCAGGCGCCUGCGCUGCACGCGGAACCUGAUCCACGCCAACCUCUUCGUGUCCUUCGCGCUCCGCGCCGGCGCCAUCCUGACCCGGGACGCGCUGCUGCCCCACGGGCACGCGCACGGGAGCGCGCAGGGCCACCCCCUGCAGCUGCUGGGCAUGCAGGCCGGCCCCGCGUGCCGCGUGGCGCAGAGCCUGGCCCAGUACUGCGUGGGAGCCAACUACGCGUGGGCCUUGGCCGAGGGGCUCUUCCUGCUCCGCCUCCUGCUCGCCACCUCCGCUCGCCGCUGCUUGCCCGCGUUCCUGCUGCUCGGCUGGGGUGUCCCCGUGCUCUUCGUGGUCCCCUGGGUUGUCCUGCGCUACCUGUACGAGAACGAGGGGUGUUGGGAGCGCAACGAGAAGGUGGCGGUGUGGUGGGUGAUCCGCUGUCCCAUCCUGGCGGCUGUGGCGGUGAAUUUCGUGGUUUUCGUGCGGAUCGUGCGGAUCCUGGUGGCCAAGGUGCGCGCGCACCAGGUGUCCCGCGGGGACACGCGGCUCAGGCUGGCGCGCUCCACGCUGACGCUGAUCCCGCUGCUCGGAGUGCACGAGGUGAUUUUCGCCCUGGCCGGGGAGGGCGAGGGCGGCGGCGGCCUGAGGCUGGCACGGCUGUGCCUGCACCUGCUGCUCACCUCUGCGCAGGGCUUGGUCGUCAGCGUCCUGUACUGCUUCACCAACAAGGAGGUGCAGGCCGAGGUGCGCCGGGGGUGGCAGCGGUGCCGUCUGGGCGUCCCCGGCCCCCCCAGGGCCACCCCGAGGGCUCGGUCCCGGCGGGGACAGCGCCCGGUGGCGGAGAGCGGCUGCUGA